AUGGCCAAACUUCCGUGGGGAGUGCACGUCCUCGCCCUCUUCCUAUUUUGCUUUGUCGGCUUUGUUCUCAGCAUCUUGAUCACCUUCUCCACUCCAUUCAUCCCACCCAUCGCCUUUCUGACAGCACCCACAAAUGAAAGCAACAUCAGCUUUGGCGCAUUUGGAUGGUGUUCAUCGGUCAACUGCAGUAACACGCAACUUGCAUACGAGUACUCUCCAUAUGUCAACAAGUCGCUCACAGGCGCAAUGUUUCUCUGGCCUAUCGGAUCGCUUCUCAUGCUCUUCACAGUCCUCUCCAUUCUCCCUCUACUCUUGGUUCAUGAGGCUCCAGGGUUGCGGUUCGUUGGCAACAAGCCCUUCUUCCUUCUGUCCUCGAUCCUCGCGGCGGCCUUUGUUGGCAUAGGUUGGCUUUUUUCGUUGUUUGGAUGGAACAUUGCAAGGAGGUCAUAUGCGCAAACUGGUGUUAACGCGCAGCUUGGCCCAGCAGUCUGGAUGGGGCUCGUCGCAGCCCUAUUUAUCAUUGGUGUUGUGGCGAUUGGUUGGCCAGAUGUUCGGUACGAGCGACCAGACCACGCAUACGAGCGAGCACCGACAACCAACGGCAACGUUGUUCAAACUACCACCACAAGACGCGUGGUCCAACAGCCUUCACCGCCCAUCGUGGAGCGAGUGGAGCAAGUGGAGCGUCCCCUUCCACAGCCCGCGGGGACCCCUGUGCCGCCAGGCGAUGGUUAUUACCACUAUAAGCGCACCACUCACAUAUAA